AGGGAGAGCGAAGCUCCCAGGAAGGAGAGGACCAGACCACCCGGAGGUCUGCGGAGAGGUCCAGAGGAAGAAAGCGCCGGAGAGAGGGGCUGGACAGGGACCGGCAGUUUGGCCCCAAGGUCCUAACUGAAACUCAACACCACCCGCCUUUGGAAGGAUCGUCCCCUUUUCUCCUCCGCCCCUUCCCUUUCCCUCCCUUUCCCCCUCCCUCCUUUCUCUUAAUCCCCAGGACUGAGCCCCGCGCUGGAGAGGAGAGGGCCCGAGGGGAGGAGGAAGAACUGCAUUGAAAGGGAGCCGGGAGCCGGGGAAGGGGAGGGAAGGGAGCCGCGAGCGAGGGGUGAGCGGGGGAGCCACGCGCGGCCCCCCUGAAGCCUACCCAGCCCUCUUGGUGUCCCCACCUCGACCCUAACCCCAGUCGAGCCCACAGGACCCUAGCCCCUGCCUCUCCUUCGCCUUCUCUUUACUCCUUUGGUUGCUUCUUGGUCUUUCUCUUCUUUCCCAAAGACACUUGGGAGCUGCCUCAACCCCUGGGGUGCGCCGAGGGGCCCUGCCAAGGGGGCGUGCGGUGGGGGCCGGCUCCGGGUGUCAGGGGCCGAGGGUGGGGGUGGGAGCUCCCGGCCUGGCACCCCCGACCGAAGGUGGAAGGGGGCUGGGCCCCUCUGCUCCCUGGGCGCAGGAAGGCAGUCCCGCCUCUUCGAGUUGUACCUGCGUGCUGCUUGCUGUGACCCGGGCGCCUGGCGUCCCCGGACCCCUGGGUGCGCUGAGAGCUAGUGUAGAGAGUGAGAACUCGCCUCAUCGCCGCGGGCGCGAGGUUCUGGGCAGAAAACAGCCACUCCGGCAACCCAGUCCAGCGGCCACGCUGUUGGAGGACUUGGGCGCCAGUCUGGCUUCCUUUCGCCAAUUUGGGCGAGUUUGAAGAGGGACAAAAGGCUCGGUCCUCGCUGGUCUUUCCUCCCAGUGGGGUCCUGUCACAGUGCCCUGGGCCUCCACUACCACAGUCCUGGGAUUCCUGGUCCCCGGCGGGGCCAGCGGUUGGGAAGGGUUGGCCCCUAAACUUGCUCAUCCAGCCCAACCGUCCCGGCGGCUUCUCCCAGCCCUUGGGGCUGUCCUGAACCUCCUGGACUAGCGUCGAGCAGCCCCAGAUCCCGCCUCCUCGCCAGCCCAGCCCUGGAACGAAGAUUUCGGCCCAUGCGGGCCAGGGAGGCCUCUGCGGCCUAGGGCAGGCAGCUCCGGGGGGCCUGGCCAACCCAGCGGCCCCUGGGAGGCCGUGGGGACAGUUCAGAGCGCGCCCCUUGGAUGAGGUCCCGCAGCGACGCCCCGGCCCGCCCCUCUCCUCCUCCUGCCUGGCCAAACUGCCUCCCAUUUGGGAAGUUUUGUGGGUUUUCUUUCUCCUCCAACCUUGGCGGAGGCCACUGCUCAAGCGCCACAGCCGGGGGUAGCCUCCUUGCUUGGAGGCCGCGAAGCAUGGUGCGGAGCAGCCACAGCUGAAGUCAGCGAAAUCGAGCCUGGCCUGAAGCAGGCGGCGCUGGAGGCCAAGGCCAUGGCCAUUGCCACGUCGGCCCAGCUGGCCCGGGCACUGUACGACAACACUGCUGAGUCUCCCCAGGAGCUGUCCUUCCGCAGAGGGGACGUUCUACGGGUACUGCAGAGGGAGGGUGCUGGCGGACUGGAUGGCUGGUGCCUCUGCUCCCUGCAUGGCCAGCAGGGCAUUGUGCCUGCCAACAGAGUGAAGCUUCUUCCUGCUGGCCCAGCGCCCAAGCCCAGCCUCUCCCUGGCACCCUCCGCCCAGCCUGGCUCACCACACCCAACCCUAGAGCACAGCAAUGAGGAACAGGAGGUGUAUGUGGUACCACCCCCAGCUCGCCCCUGUCCUGCCUCAGGACCUCUGGCUGGACCCUGCCCACCCUCCCCUGACUCCAUCUACAAGGUCCCCAGAGGCAAUGGGACCCAACUGUCCACUCCCAGAGAUGCCUUGGAGGUCUAUGAUGUGCCCCCCACUGCCUUCCGAGCUCAAUCCAGUGACCCCUAUGACUCCCCAGCUUCCUUUUCUCAUCCACUGGCCCGGGUUGCCCAGCAGCACCCUGGGGAAGAUGAAGCUCCCUAUGAUGUACCUCUAGCCCCAAAGCCAUCCACAGAGCUGGAGCCAGAUCUGGAGUGGGAAGGGGGCCGGGAACCAGGGCCCCCACUCUACGCUGCCCCCUCCAACCUGAAACGGGCAUCAGCCCUCCUCAACCUGUAUGAAGCACCCGAAGAACUGCUGGCCAACGGGGAAAGUGGGGACACUGAUGAGGGCAUCUAUGAUGUGCCCCUGCUGGGUCCCGAGGCACCCCCUUCUCCAGAGCCCCCAGGAAACUCGGCCUCCAACGAGCUGGACACCCUGGCCCAGCUCCUGGCCAGAAGCCCUCCACCACCACACAGGCCUCGGCUGCCCUCUGCUGAGAGUCUGUCCCGGCGCCCUCUGCCUGCCCUGCCUGUCCCUGAGGCUCCCAGCCCUUCUCCAGCUCCCUCUCCUGCUCCAGGCCGCAAAGGCAGUAUCCAGGAUCGGCCUCUGCCUCCACCCCCACCCCGCCUGCCUGGCUUUGGGGGUCCCAAGAUCGAGGGGAAUCCAGAGGACAGGGAAGUGGAGGAUGAUCCAGCAGGACCCCACAAUGAGUAUGAAGGCAUCCCAAUGGCUGAAGAGUACGACUAUGUUCACUUGAAGGGCAUGGAUAAAGCUCAGGGAUCUAGGCCCCUGGAUAAAGCCUUUCCAGAGGAUCCUGAACUACAGGAGAAGGGACUGCCUGAGCAGCAGGAGGCCCCAUCCCCAGGGGAACCACUGGUUCUGUCCACCGGAGACCUACAGCUCCUGCACUUCUAUGCAGGGCAGUGCCAGAGCCACUACUCAGCGCUACAGGCGGCUGUGGCAGCCCUGAUGUCCAGCACCCAGGCCAAGCAGCCCCCAAGUCUCUUCGUGCCCCAUAGCAAGCGGGUUGUGGUGGCUGCUCACCGUCUAGUAUUCGUUGGGGACACCCUGGGUCGGCUGGCAGCCUCUGCCCCUCUGCGAACACAGGUCGGGGCUGCAGGUACAGCGCUGGGCCAAGCUUUGCAGGCCACUGUGCUGGCUGUUAAGGGGGCUGCCCUGGGCUAUCCCUCAGGCCCUGCAUCCCAGGAGAUGGCACGGUGUGUGGCAGAACUGGCAGGGCGAGCCCUGCGAUUCACCACCCUGCUCACCAGCCUGGCUGCCUGAGGGUCUGUUGGCACAGCCUUCCCCUCCCCUGCCUGGUCAGAGCCUCCACACACUCAGGUCUUGGGUGGAUGGAGGGCUGUUUCAGGGAAGGGGAGGUAUCUUCCCCCUCCCCUUCCCCUUUCAGUCAUCUCAGCCUCUCACAGAGGCAUCUCUUUCCCCUAAUCCACAGCUUUUUGUAUGAGAGCCAUUUUGUAUAAAUUAUUUAUAUUUAAUGUUAUUCCCUGCUUUGUCAGGGCCAGGCACCAGGUCCUCUGAGGCAGGGAUGAACUGAACCCUCCUCCUCACCAGCCAGGGUUAGAGGUCACUGCACUGCCUCCUGCCUCUGGAAAUUUGGGACACCAAGAAUCAAGUGGCAGGAACUUGGGACCACACAGAGUCUCUCUCCCUUCCUGUUUCUUGGUUCCUGAACACCAAUUCCUCACUUAGCCGAGAAUGAGAGAAGGACAUUGACUGCCCAGAAUAUGAAGGUCUGGGAGACGUCAGAAGACUCCUCCCCUCAAAAGGCAGGAAUGUUGGCCUGAGCAUGGGUGUGUGCACCUCAAUAAACCCUGCAGUCUGGUCCCCUGA